CCCGGUACCUAGUGUUUUUUACAAUGCCAGAAGCACCUACGAACUCAUUCGAGGAAGCCUAUGACAUCCGUGAUAAGAAUUUGAAGGCAUUGCGAUUCAUUGAAGAUGUUACAAGUAAUGCCGAUGAAGUCCAAAAGGGGGUUCUCCUCAAUAUACUGUCUCGUAACGCCAAUGUUGAGUACUUGAAGCAACAAGGCCUCAAUAGUGAUGUUAUAGAUGUAGACACUUUCAAGAAGCUGAUUCCUGUCGUCACAUAUGAAGAUCUAAAGCCCUAUAUUGAUCGAAUCGCCAACGGGGAUACAUCACCAAUUCUAUGUUCCCAACCAGUUUCAGAAUUCCUUACCAGUUCUGGAACAUCAGGAGGGGAGAGGAAAUUGAUGCCAACGAUCGAAGAAGAUCUCGGUAGGAGAUCGUUGCUUUAUAGCCUUCUGAUGCCUGUGAUAAAUCAAUUUGUUCCGGGUUUGGACAAAGGAAAAGGGAUGUACUUUUUGUUCGUAAAAUCAGAAGCUAAGACUCCAGGAGGACUAGUGGCACGUCCAGUGCUUACUAGCUAUUACAACAGUAAACAAUUCAAGGAAAGGCCUUUUGAUCCAUAUAAAAACUAUACAAGCCCAAAUGAAACCAUUCUCUGCCUUGACUCUUACCAGAGCAUGUACUCUCAAAUGCUCUGUGGCCUCUUCCAAAACACUCAGGUUCUUCAGGUCGGGGCAGUUUUUGCGUCCGCGUUUAUUCGAGCAAUCCGGUUUCUUGAAAAACACUGGCAAAUUCUCUGCCAUGACAUUAGAAAUGGAACAUUAGACACAAAAAUCACUGACCCAAAAGUGAGAGAAGCUGUCCUGAAAAUUGUCAAACCGAACCCAACACUUGCUGAUUUUAUUGAGACAGAGUGUAGGAAACAGUGCUGGAAAGGAAUCAUUACAAGGUUAUGGCCCAACACAAAGUAUAUUGAUGUUGUGGUUACGGGUACAAUGGCACAGUACAUUCCCACACUUGACUAUUAUAGUAACAGUCUCCCACUUGUUUGCACCAUGUAUGCUUCUUCAGAGUGCUAUUUUGGCAUCAAUUUGAACCCUCUCUGCAAGCCAAGUGAAGUCUCCUACACCCUCAUCCCUUCCAUGUGCUAUUACGAGUUUUUACCGGUGAAUCGGACUGAUCAAUUCGCCAAUUCCAUCACUGAAUUAACACCGGUCAGCAAGGAUAUUCUGGUUCAAGAGUUGGUUGAUCUCGUUGAUGUUAAAAUCGGACAAGAAUAUGAACUUGUUGUCACAACUCAUUCUGGUCUUUACCGUUAUCGAGUUGGGGACAUACUUCGAGUGGCCGGAUUCAAGAACAAGGCUCCACAAUUCAAUUUCAUUUGCAGGAAGAAUGUUGUGCUCAGCAUUGAUUCGGACAAAACCGACGAAGUUGAGCUACAAAAUGCAGUGGAAAAUGCUGCAAACAAUCUGAUACAAUUUGAUGCAACUCUUAUAGAGUACACAAGCCAUGCAGACACAUCUACAAUUCCUGGUCACUAUGUUCUCUAUUGGGAAAUUAACUUAAAUGGGACAAUCACCAUACCACCUUCAGUGUUUGAGGAUUGUUGCCUUGCCAUUGAAGAAUCACUGAACAGCGUUUAUCGCCAAGGCCGAGUCUCGGACAAAUCAAUUGGACCUCUUGAGAUAAAGAUAGUGGAAAGUGGAACAUUUGACAAGCUUAUGGACUAUGCUCUGAGCCAGGGUGCAUCAAUUAACCAGUACAAGGCACCAAGGUGUGUGAAAUAUGCCCCCAUUGUUGAGCUUCUGAAUGCAAGGGUUGUUGAGAGUUAUUUCAGCCCAAAAUGUCCGAAAUGGGUUCCUGAUCGUAAGAACUGGUCUAAUGACAACUGAAGAAAUCAAGAACCAGGAAAUUUCUAUAUAUUCUGCUGUUUUUAAGUGAAGUAGUCAAGGGCUGUGUCCAACAAAUAAUGACUGGCUGUACUAACUAGACAGUAACUUAUUUUAGUUUUGGUGCUUUUCUUUCGUGAUUUCGUACUUGUUGCUACUCGUGUGUUUUCUUGCUUUCAAUAAAGACAAAUUU